UGUGGUCUCUUCAGGAGUGAUGCUGUCACCACGUCUGAGCACGUCUGUGGAGGGAGGUUCGUUGCCAGGAGGAUCCGCAGUGGCAUAACUUAUUUUUACGCUCCAUACUCUGGAGCAGAGGAACAAACAUUUUGUGCUGCCAAAGACUCUCAAACAUGCGCUAAUCUUUGCUCAGUCCCAUCCCAAACACCCUCCUCCUCUGCAGACCCUUCCUCCUCUCCACUGCUCUCACAGUCACCUGCCUCCUCCCAAAACCAAUCAGAUUCAGCCUCCGCUCCCCGGCCUCUUCUUCUUUUCUUCUCCUGGCUCGGUGCCCAGCCAGGUGGGGUGAGCAAGUACAGAGACCUUUAUCUGGAUCGUGGCAUGGACGUCCUCCUGGUCCAGAGCAAUGUUUUGCACUUCCUGUGGCCUCGAUGGGGGCUCGACUACGGCUUGGAGGUUUUGAAGGUUCUGGAGGAGCCUCAGUUCUCGGGGAGGGCCGUGCUGGUCCACGCCUCCUCCAUCGGUGGUUACACUUUCACCCAGACGCUCACCCACAUCGCUCAGGGAUGGGACGAACAUGCAGGCCUGGCGCAGAGGGUGAUAGGACACAUCUAUGACAGCCUGGUGGUUGGCUCUCUGGAGCACAUGGCGAUAGGCCUCGGCAAGACUCUGGUUCCACGUUUGGAGCGCUUCGUCAAAAACAUUGCCAUGUUUUACUUCUGGCUCUUCAAAACCCACACAGCAGAUUUCUAUGAAAACAGCAUCCAGAUUUUCCGCAACAGCCCGAUCACCGCGCCAGCCCUCUUCUUCUACAGUGAAAACGAUGCUCUGUGCAACUCAGCCGACAUGGAGAAGCUAAUCGGUCUGUGGAAGAAGAGGGGCGUGACUGUGGAGAGCAGGAAGUGGAAGGUGUCGAAACACGCAGCACACAUGCGAUGCCACCCCGAAGACUAUCUCUCUACACUGGAGAAAUACUUGAAGUUACUGCACAUCUCCUCCCCCAAAGCAAAAAUGUAAACUGUUGGGGGACUAAAAGGUUUGGUUUGACUGAACUUUAAAACUGUAAGGAAACUUUUUGAUGAAUAAGACAGUUAAUCUUUUUAUCCUUAUAGCCAUCGCAUGAUAAAAGGCAUAAUUUAACAGCAUAAUUUAACAAAGACAUUUGUCUUUCCUUUCAGGCAUUAUUCUCAAUGGUUUGUUGUUUGGAUUUAAACUAUUGUUAUAUUUAAACUGAUGCACACUAUUUAUGAAUGACUGUGGCGCU